UCCAACAGCCCCUGGAAUGGUGCUCUUGGGACCAUCACAAAAGCCAUGGAAUGUUGGGGCUUGCAUCCUGGCAGCAAUCACAAAGGCCAUGGAAUGUUGGGGCUUGGAUCCUGGCAACAAUCAGCAGCUCCUGGCUAUUGGGAUUUUGACCCUGGAGCUGUCAACAGCUCGUGUACAUUGGGGCUUGGACCCUGCAAAGGCCAACGGCACAUUGAUAUUGUGCUAUUGACCCUGCAAAGGCCAAGAACCUUUGGAUAUUGGUGUUUACAUCUUGCAAAGGCCAAGGGCCUUUGGAUAUUGGGGUUUGAACCCUGCAAAGGCCAAGGGCCUUUGGAUAUUGGGUUUCUAACCCUGCCAAGGCCAAGGGCCUUUGGUCACUGGGGUUUAAGCCCUGCCAAGACCAAGGGCCUUUGGUCACUGCUGUUUCCUCACUUCUUGUGGAAGGGGCAGAUGGAGACCCGGCGGGGAGCUCGAGGGCUUUCUCACCAGGGACGUUCCUCCAGAGCCCCUGAGGUGCUGGUAGACAACCGUGACAGCAUGGCCAAUUCCAACAUCUGCACCGACAAUCCUGGGAACAUCCUCUCAACUCUGACAUCCACUGACAAACCACAUCCCUGUGAAUUUGUUUGGGAAGCUGCAGAGAAUUGUGUGCGUGUGUGGCAACAUUUCCAUCAAAGGGAGAAGAGAACCCAGAGGAUCAGAAGCCAGUACCAGCUCAUAGACUCUCUGCUAGAAGAAAUCAGAAGUGACUGUGCAAACCUUGAGAAGUUCAGGGAAAUGCUGCUGCAAUGCACUGGAAUCCCGGAGCCAGGAGCCUUGCGUCUGCACCAGCAGAACACCAAACAGCGGAAGGAAGCGUCAGCCCAGGAGGAAAAGGCAGAGCAGCAGGACUGGAUGGAGGUUUCCCAAGAGGAAGAGCCAUCAAGCUGGACUCUGGAGCAGCUGAGCUGGGAAUCCUCUGACCAAGGGCACGCAGCAGCCCAGGCAUGCAGAGAGGAGGAGCUGCUGGGCCAGAAGGCUGAGCUUGAGGGCCGACUGGCAGCCACAGAGUGGCUCCAACAAGACCUUUCCAGGCAGCUGGCAGAGACCAGGUCAGCAAAGGAGAGCCUGGAAUCCAGGCUGCUUGCUGCUCAGCAGCAGAUAGCUCAGCUGGAGAUGAGCAGGAAGCGUGUGGAGGCAGAGCUGCAAGCUGAGCUGCAGAAAGCUCGCAGUGAAGUCCAGGAAGCACAGAGGAGGCACGAGCAAGAGCAGCAAGGCCUCAAAGAGGAAAUGAAUCUUCUCCUUGAGCAGAGGGAGGCUCUACAAAAGCAGGUGGCAGAGUUGACAUCUCAGCUGGCAGCCUCCCGAGAGUGCCAGGAAAAGACUGUGCAGAGAGCCCAGCAGGAUGUGAGGGAGGCCCAGGAAGAGUCUAGGCAGAAGCUCUCGGAGGUUGAGCAUGUCCAGAAGCUGCUGGAGGAGGCAGAACAUCAGAAGAAGGAGCUGCAAGCACAUCUGCAGGACAUGGAGAGGGAAUGGAUCCAGUGGGAAGAAGUGGCACAGCAGAAUUCAGAAUUGCAGGCUUCCGUCAAUGCCCUAGAGAGGGAAAAAGCCAGGUAA